AUGAAUGCCAACUACUCUAUUUACUUACAAGAAAUUAAAGAGAAUUGUGCUCCCUUAUAGGACAUUUAACUGAGUCACAAAAAAUCUCUCCCUUAGAUAAUUGAAUCCAUUACCUAAAAAAUCCCUUAAGUUAAAAAAAAAAGCAUCCAUAAAAUAUGUUCUCAACAAGUAUGCUUAUCAAUUUAAUUUUAUAAUAAUAGGAAUAAAGAAUAUAUUCUAAUAUUCAUAAACUCAAAAAAUAUAAUCUUCUCAUGGAAAUUGGAUAAGUUAAUCCUUAAUUACACUAAGAAUUGUAAAACACGAGUAAUCAUCAACUUUCUUAGAAAUUAGGUAAAUUUUAACAUCUAUGUUUCAAGUUGAGUAUCAAAAAAUAAAAUAGUUAUAAGGAGAACUAAUUCUUGAAAAUUAAGAUUAAACAAACAACAUAAACGAUUGUUUUUAAUAAAAUGAUAUUAUAUGUUCAGGAAGAAAGUUAUUUCUGAAACCUUGCAUAAGAAACAUUAUGGAUGAUUAUGAAAAUCGAUAUAAUGAAUAUAGCGAUUCGUACAUCAAUAAAUAUCUGGAUCUAAAUUGA